UAGUCGUUGCUUCCGCCCUCACAGGACGAGUGGGCAGUCGCCCUCUUGGUUGUUGGCUCUAUCGCUUGGGUUGGUAGCGAGGGCCUAAUGAGACGGUCGGCAGUGGCCUCAGCUAGCAAUUGCUCAACCAUUUGGGCUUUCGCUACAGCUUGCUCAAAUGUUGACGGGUUGUCAAGCUUCACAUAA